AUGAUGGAGACCAGAGGUACUUCGACGACAUCAUUCGAAGCCACAACAACUGGGUCAUACAUGAAAACUGGCAUUGGCGGUACCUCGUCGUCGUCGUCCAGCGAAGAUCCACCCAUGGGGGCACCACUCAUCAAGGAAGAUGACCAGCUUUGCGGGGGCUGCACCAGAAAUAAAGCAGACGUCAGUGCUCAGCGCAAGAAACGGCUUGGCAACGCCAGCAAGGAUGAGGAGGGCGAUGCCGGCGGGGAUGAAGAGGGCAAUGCCUUGGGUAGAAGCAGUUCCAAGCAUGCUCUAGUGGGCGAUGCCAGUAGGGGGAACGAUGCCUUGGGUAGAGGAGACAUCUGGCGUGACUCUGGAGGAGGUUCUAACAUUCAUCCUAGGCAUAGCGGCGUCAUCCAUUGCGUGGAGCUGGGUGACACCAAAGCUAGCAGAGGCCAAGGCAACGCUGGAGUGGCUAGAUCUGGCUACGGUAGGAUGGGUGUGAUUUGCAACAAACAGGGCAACUACUUAGGCAUGCUCGACAUGAUAGGCAUCGAUCCACGUGGCGAACUGGGCAAGGCAGAUGGGUUGGGCAACGCCCCUCGCACCAAAGUUGGCUUUGGCAAUGCCGCUAGUGUGAAUAAUGGUCUAGGCGACGCCUCUAGUGUAUUUGAAGGUGAGGUUAAUGGAGACUUGGGUGGCGUUCCUUACACAAGCAUUGUUCAUUCAAGAGGCUGCAGUAUGGGCGACGACGCUACGAUUGGCGACACCAGCAACAACAAAGGCGACACCAAAGGCGCGAUGGGCACAGAUGGUGAUGUUGAAGUCUGUGAUGCGUGA